AUGCUCCAAUGUGGAAAACGAAGCCAUGAAUUCUUCACCACUGAUGGGAGAUGGAAGCAAGACAUAGAGAUUCCGACAGGAGACAGUUUGGAGAUGUCGGAAAACUUCCUCGAGGGAAGAAAUAAGGAGAUGUUUAUAGCAUUCAUGAGAGGGAUGCUUCAGUGGCGGCCUGAAGAUAGGAAGACAGCGAAGGAUCUACUCCAGGAUCCGUGGCUGAAUGAUUAG